AUGCAAAUCUAUGAUUGUUUCCAGCAUUUACCAUAUGCAUUCGAGCAAGUUGCAACAGUGUUUUGGCAUCGAUAUCCAAAUACAGCUGCAAAGCAUGUUAUAAGUGAAGAUUUCAUCGAUGUUACGAUAGACGGUGAUCAAAUCAGGACGAAAAAAUUGAUAUUGAAACAAACAGGAACAUUCUUGAAAGCAGUUCCAAGAUGGAUGUCGCGUUUGACUAAUGUUAGGGUAGUUCCUACAGUUGAGGAAAGUAUAUUCGAUCGGAGUAAAAGAUCUUUAGUGACUUACACGAGAAAUAUUACAUUGUUAUCCACCUGUAAAAUUCAUGAACGUUGUGUUUAUAAACCGGGUUUCAAAAAUGGUAUACCGGAAACGAUUGUGGAACGUGGUGGCUUAGUGUCAACAUCAUUUGGAAAGUUAAAUUCAGUAAUUGAGCGGAUUUUAAUGGCAAAUUUCAAAAAGAAUAUGAGAAAAACAGCAGUUGUUUAUAUGGAAAAGUUGACAAAAAAAUUUGGUGAACCAGCAUUGGUCAACCACAGAACGAAUGAGCCAUAUCUUAUGAGACAAAAGAUUAGUCGUCGUAACUUUUCUACACAAGACUAA